GACAAAGUUGCCCGGGCAUUGGUUCUGGGUCGGCCCUAUCGGUUUUGCAGGUUGGCAGCCUGGGGCUGGGCACAGAAGCGGCCUUGGGGGCCGAGGCGAAUAUUGGUGUAAACCAGGCGUCAGAGGGACAGUUUCUUGUCUGGCUCCAGCCAAGGGAGGAAGAGCGGACGGGGAGGUUGUGGCGGUUGCUUUUUCAUCAUGGCGGAGGAGGUUGAACCAGAUGAUGCCAUGAAGGAACUCAUGGACGCCGGCGAUGACCUCGAAGAGUGCCUCGAAGACGAGGACGCGGCGGACGAGGAGUUGGCGGCCGAGAACGACGGCGAGGAGGGAAUGGAGAUGUGCCGCCCCAGAGACGAUGGCGAGGAGGCCUUGCAACUGGAUCAUCAGCUGGACGAAGGCAAGUUCCACGUGGGAGUGAGCUGGGUGCACCUCGAUGGGCUCCAUGGGACAAAGGAGAAGUACAACGGCAUGAAGUGCCUGAUCGUGUCCUUCGGGGUGAGGCACCCGUCCCUAGUGAAAGUGCGGGGCGUUGAGAAGAACGAGGAUGGCAAGUACAUCGCCCUUUGGGUGAAGAGGAUCAACUGCCGGAACACUGUGCACAAGGACACUGGAGCUUGGAAGGCAACACCCAACCCGGAGAACACCGGCGCCACGGGCGCGGCGCGCUGGGUGGCGCUGGGCCGGCCGGAGGUGGAUGCCAUGCAGGGCAAGCUCAAGUUUCAGAAGACAGAGGAGGAGGAAGCAGAACGGGAGGAGCUUUUCAAGCUGGUGGAUGUGAACCAUAAUGGCAUGCUCAGCCUGGCAGAGGUCGACAAGGCCUUGCCGGAUGUGAUGGGGUGCACCGCCCUCUUCAACGCAAAGCCGGCCAUCAUCCGCGCCUUCCUGGCUGCGACAGGGCGCCCGCCGGCCCGCCACGACGGCGAAGCGUACCGCAAGCACUCCAAGGACUAUGUCAAGCCGGGCGAGCAGUUCCGAAAGCUGAUUCAAUACCUGCACGAGUUCUUCGAGAUGUACUUGAUCUUCCAAGACAUGGCUGAUGGUGACGCAGACCGUCGAAUCGAUUGCAAGGAGUUCGCCGAGUUCAUCACCUCUGGCAAAGCCGAGAAGGUAGGCAUCAAGGUGACUCCGCAGAUGCUGGAAGACAAGUGCGGAGAGACCCCGAUGCCCGGGUACUCCCUCUUCAAUGAGAUUGACGAAGACCAAGGUGGUUGUAUCCUCUUCAAGGAGUUCUCGGACUACUGCAUCCGCAUGGGUUUGAAGGAUCCAGAUCGGGAGCCGCUUGAUGGUGAUACCUCCAAGCUCCGGGACAUGUUCCACAGCGCCAAGGACAUGGACGACGCCAUGUCCCUCGGCCGCUUCGUGGAGAUCCUGAACAAGGUCGGCAUCCCCGGCGACGAGAUUGAUGCCAUGAUCAAGGCCACAGACAAGAACCGGGAUUACAAGAUCGACAUUGACGAGUUUAUGGACUGGCUCACGGAUGACGACCACCGCGCCGCCCUGCAGCGCGCCGAGGGCGCCGGCCGCACCAACGACGAGGACCCGCCAGCCUGCAAGAAUUCGUGUGGCUUCAAGGCAGCCAAGGGCUUGACACGCUCCGGCCAGCCGCUGGACACCUGCUGCCGCGGCUGUGCCCGUGGAGGUGACCACGACUCGCGCUGCCAGCAGGUUGCUGCCUAAGAAGAGCGCCUCUUUCGAGAUCCUACUAGGAAAACUGCUUCCCAGGGGGCGGAAUAAUAUUUACCGUAUUCGUAGGGUCCAAGGGAGUCCCAACGAUUCCCACUAUCCUCGUCCAACGGGGAGUGCCCUUUGCCAGCCACAACAUAGCGUCAAAGUCACAAUUCGCCGGAUGAGUUGUUUUGCGAAAUGGGUCUCGCAACCAUGGCGGGUGAAGGCCAGGUGUGGGAGCAAUGGACUGGCAGUUCAGGAGACUCACAUUGCUUGGGGCCUUCCACGCCUGGGUUCGGCAAAGCCACUUGGUGUGCCCGCAAGCUAGUGGAAUAUCUGCUUUUGCAGGCAGCACCACCAGGGAGCCGCAAAAUGCGCGAAUGCCCUGGACUGUCGCUUUGCUGUGGCUUUGGCCUGUCGCUUUGCUGGCCUGAAGGGCCAGUAAAGAUUGGGAGUAUUGGAC